GAGAGAUAAAGACAGGAUAGAAGGAUACAGGCUGAUAGGGCUGCAGCAGACAGUGAGUUAGAGUGGAGAGGAAAAGGAGGAAGAGGAGCUGUAUCCUCUCUGAGGUCCCAAACUGUGUGAUCCUGCUGCAGCUUCUCCUCUGUCACUGACUGAUCCAGCGCAGAUGAUGUCAUCAGAGCACCUAGCCUGUGGUUGGCUUCAGCAGCUGUUCCUUGUUAUCCUGAAGCUUUGCCUCACUUUUGCUGGGCCUCUAUGGCCGAUCAAUGACACAGAAUGCACAGCCAAGGGUCCUUCCUCCUACAUCCUGGUCUUUACAGGUCACUGGAGCCCACAGGCCUUCCCAAAGCAGUAUCCACUGUUCCGGCCCCCAGCACAGUGGUCCAAACUUGUAGCGGUUAGCCACAAUCGCCAUUUUCGGCUCUGGGAGGAGGGUGCUCCAGCCAGUGCAGGGGUGCAGAACUUUUCAGAACUUGGGGUGACGGUGGAGCUGAUGAAGGCUGCCAAGGAGGCCAGGAAGAGACGUGCGGUCGGGGCCAUGUACAGAACAGCCGGCAUCCCUAAUGGCAUAGGGCACAGCUCCACAGAGUUGCUCAUGCAGCCGCGGAACUCAAUGCUGUCUGUUAUGGUGAAGUUGAUUCCCAGCCCUGACUGGUUUGUUGGUGUGGACAGCGUAAACCUUUGUGAAGGCGGACGGUGGAAACAGGAAGUGACUGUUGACCUUCAGCCUUAUGAUGCCGGGACUGACAGUGGAUUCACUUUCUCCUCUCCAAACUUUCCAACAAGUCCCCCGGAAAACAUCACAAAGAUCACAUCUCAGAUGCCAAACCAUCCAGCCAACUCCUUCUACUAUCCACGCUUAAAGGAGCUCCCGCCCAUCGCCAGUAUUAGGAUCACUCAACAGAGCAGAUCACCUGAUCAGCAAACCCUCAUGUCCAAUCAUAUUCUGCCAAAUGCAAUCAGUCCCCGGCGAUUCUCAGCAACACCCUUGGACUGUGAAGUUUCACUCUGGUCAUCCUGGGGUCUGUGUCUGGGUCCCUGCUCCAGAGGUGGUGUCCGCCACCGUACACGUUACAUUCUCCUGCGGCCAGCCAAUGCUGGCGUCCCCUGUCCUGAGCUAGAAGAACAGGCUGAAUGUGUACCACAUAGCUGCAUGAAACGCCAGUAACCUGCAGGGUGUGCAUGCUUGGAUACUGCCAGUAUUAAACACUGGGACUUUCAUGACUUAACUGCUGGACUGAUAAAUAAUGCUGCAGCUUGAGCAUUUCCUGAAAAUGUAAAUGAUUGUUGGGUUGUUGUUUUUUUCAGCCAAACUUUGAAAAUUUAAGACUUGAUGCGUUACGGGUUCUGUGUAGCCAUUUAGUAAUGCGUACAAUUUUGGGGUGCAUUCUUACCAGAGGUUUCUAGAGUGAUAUAAAUGAUGACUACCUGUAGAGGACAAUAAAGAAGAUUUCAGGAAAAUUAUCAUCUGACAAGAGCAGACAACAGCAUUGCACAGCUUGGGGGUAAGGUAACAUCAGGGAAAAUUGGCUUUUGGUAAGAAAUCUGUGUUUUCCAACAAAAUGUUUGAUUUUAAAAUCAACAAGAAAAAAGAAAAAACAAAGCAGUUUUAUAAAGCAAAGAAAAAAAAUCAGGGUAACUCCCCAAGGAAAGGCCUGAGCCAAGUUGCUAAGAUAAUCUUAGCUUGUUUCUUGGUGUUUGUUUAAAUAUAUAAAAUAUUGUGUAUAUAUAUUUGAUUUCAAUUGUGUCUAAGGGGGUGUGUCUCAGCUUGUAUUCAAGUCUCUGUGUCAUCAAAACAUGUUCAAUUAAAAUGGCAAUUAAUUGAAAAUGAAUUUAGAGUGCAUCAGAGAAACAUUUUAAAGUUUUCCCUAUUUGUUUCAGUUGCUGUUGAUGCAUAAUAAUAAAAAUAAGAAAAUUUUGCAUGGCAAAUUUGCCCCCCUUCAAAGACUUGCUACCAGUGUUAAUUUUGGCAGCUAUUUUAAUUUUAGUCUUAGUUUUAGUCUUUAAAUUAAAUGCAUUUUAGUUUCAGUCACAUUUUAGUCAUUUCUACCCUUU